ACAGAGCCAGCUUCCUCCGUGGUUUCGCUGGAAAUGCUGAAAUGUGAACAAGUCCCAUCACUUCAGAACUGUUCUGGCUGCAGUGUGCCCCUACUCACAAAGUACUGCUAUUGCAGGAAAGAAGUGUGACGAGUUGGAGAUGGAGGAUGAGGAAGGCUACACUGCUUUAAAUUUACGACCUUCAGCUUCAAUUAUUACCUCUGGAUAUUCUAGCAGCAGAAAACGUUCUGUAUUUGAGGCUCCAUACAGUUGUAUUACUGUAGACAGAGCUUCUGCCUCAUCUUCUGUAUGGCGGCCAGUGGCGUUUGCUUUCCUCGCUUUGUGCCUGGUGCUGCUGACUGGGCUGAUAGCUCUGCUGGCCCUGUUUUUUCAGGUAUCCAAGGAUCCUGAGGAUGGAAAGAAGCUGCAAGAAAUGAGGGAAGCCUUGUGUUUUGAAGGGAAGGAGAAAAAUGAAACAAAAUGUGAUCUCUGCCCAGCGAGCUGGCGAAACAGUGGAGCUGACAGCUGCUUCUACAUUUCAAAGCAGAAGAAGACAUGGAAGGAAAGCCAGGAAUUCUGUUUCUCAAGAAACUCCACUCUUCUUGUGCUGAAAGACAAAGAAAAGAUGGUUUCCUUGCCACAGGAUUCAAAGUUUUACUGGGUUGGAUUAUCAUACAUAUCUGAAAGGAGCAGCUGGUACUGGGAGGAUGGAACAGCUUUUUCAAAAGAGGAGACAAGUUGGGUUAUGCUAUAUGACAACAUCUUCUGUGCCUCCUUAUAUGGACGGAUUAUUUAUGCUAGCCCCUCCUGUUCAACAAAGCAAUUCUGGAUCUGUGAGAAAGUGACUGUUCAUUUCACCUAAGGAAGCACUUCAAGGAGGGCCGUGGGAUCUGCCACUGUGAGGCAUCAGCUUUUGGAACUGGAAGUUUAAAAUAUAUUUUUAUUUCUGUUUGUUUAUCACACAGUAUUCUCAGAAUGGUGACUCAAAAGAACAGGUCAUUAGAGAUCGAAUCUCUUUGUCUGCAUUUUCCUACUCGGGCUCACAAAGCAGUGAAAGGAAAAAGAACUGUGAAGCUGAAAACUGCAAGCCUAUGAAGCAACUUAAAAGAAUUAGCUACAGUCAAGCAAUGAUUCUUGUGUGACUCUCUAGGUUGACAACCACGCACUCUCAUUGAUCUACAUUCUUGAGCUUCCGUCAGCAUUUUAUGCUAAGAUCUGCCAGUCAUAAAGCAGUUCAAAUGCAUCCUUGAUGAUUUUACUCAUUGAAUUACUUACUGUGCACACCAACUACUGCCCAUAUAGAAUCAUCUUCCAGAGCAGUUUGCCUAGGCAUGCCUUCUUUCCUAAAUAUAUUCUUCCAACUGUUCCCCUGUUUGCAGGGAUAUAGAAAGAAUACAAGUCUCUAUUUACACAUAAAAAUCUUUGCAAAAAUUCAUUAAUAUUUAUAGGAGAAAAAGGAUAUUUGUGAGAAGACUACAGGGAAUCCCUGGAAGCAAUCUCUGUGAAAAGCAGAGUCAAGUGUUGUGGUUGGAUUAAAACAUUACCUGGAUAACUUCAGUGUUAUCACAACAUUAAUUGCUAUGGAAAUAACAAAGAGGAUAAUAAUUAUAUGCUCCAUUCAGAGCUGCACACAAUCAGUACUCAGACUGAUGUAGAAUCCAUUGUCACAGAUCUUACUUAAGCUCUUAUAUUAUAUCCACACUGAGAUCUCUGAAGCCCAAGGUGCACACUAUGCAUCCUGUAUUACCAAAACAUUUACACUAGUUCAUGCAUCUCUAAUCUUCCAGCUGCACAAUUCAUGUGAGAAUCCUGCAGAUUCACGUCGCUCUAAGUCUGCCUGGUCUUUCUGACAAUAUAUUCUACCCUUAACAGGAUCUUUCAGCUGGUAUCAUUUCAUCACUGGAGCAUGGUCAUUCACUCUGCCCCUGCCUUCGCUUGGUCAGGUUUUGUAUUUGUUUUGUGUUAAAUUAAAUAAACCUUCACUCAUAUGAAACAUCUGAGGCAGCAGAUGUCUUGCCAGCCUUUCAGAAUUUUUUCCCUUGAUAUCAUGACUUUAAUACACCCUAUGUUCUCUGGAUAAAAGAACUUCCAGAGCAUAAAGGGGAGAGUGCACAGCACCGUCCAGAAAGAGCCAGCAAGCCGUGAGUUGAGCUUUGCAAAAAAAAAAAAAAUGUGCUCCUCUUGUAGUUGGGUGGUGCAGAGAAUUUGAGUUGCUAAAGAAAGUAUUAUCUAGUCUGUUUCUCACUUUCUAAAUUUUUCUGUAACUUCUCAGCAGCUUACUCUCCUUUACUAACCAUGAGGAAAAAACUGAAUUCCUAUUCUGUUCUGUAUGAAAUGAUCACUUUAGGUGGUAAUAUGAGAGUUCCUGUUCAGGAUCUGGAGAACCUUCUUGGGGUGAAAAUUCUCCAGCACCUUCUCAGAAAUGUGUGCUCUUAACAGUUCCCACAGCUGGUAUACCUUGGGAAAAAUUAUCUGGGCUCUGUUCCAGCAGACCACUGCCUUUCAAUUUCCAGACCCAAAAUAACACUUCAUAAAGCAAUGGUAGGAGUGACGUAACCACUAGUGAGGGACUAGUGCUAUUUUUAGCUUUGAUGAGGCUCCAUAUGUUUUUUACAUCGUUGAGCCGAAGGGGCAGGUGGGAGAAAGAUCCUUUGGAAUUGAAUUACGUGAGUGCUUAUGUUCUUCAAUAUUUUGUAUAGAUCUUUAUAAAAUUCAAAAUGACUAAGCAAAUUUUGUAAUAAUACGUGAUUGUUCAAAAAAGCUUUAUGAUAUUUCAAAAAAUUCUGUACAUGAGAGUUUUUAACAAGAUGGUGUGAGGUUUCUUUCUAGGAUUGAUUUGUCCUCCAAGUAAAGC